UGCCACCUUGAAAUACUCUUUACGAGAAUGACAACAUUGAAAGAUGUCGGUAAUAGUGGCGUAGAUCAUCAGGGGUCGUCAAAUAUAUUCACUUGCAAUUUAUGCGGAUUCUCCUGUCGUUAUGAUUUUUAUGGAGCGGAAAGCAUAAAGGGUUCUUGCCAUUUUUCGAUCAAAGAGCAAGCAUUUGUGCUCCAAGACCCUUUUUCAGGAAAGAAACAAACGCCUAUAAUUCUUGGAAGUCUUUGUUCCAAGUGCAACAUUCAUGUUUGUGUUGGUCAGACCUGUAGCUACUUUUAUGGUAAAAGGUUUUGCAGAAGUUGUAUGUUGAGUAAUAUGCAAAGCUUCCCUGAAGAAAUUCAAGAGGAAGCAACCAAACGGUUAUCAUCCAAAUGACUUGAAGAAAAGUAGCACUGCCUGCUUCCUCACAACCAAAGGUUUAGUGAGACGAUGUUAGUGGCAUGAUGUUAGAUGAUGUUGAAUUGAUGAUAACUGGUCGGGUGACAGAGAUUAAAUAUUAGAAACAGACAUUGCAGUGGAAUGCCAAGAUGAGUGGUUAGCAAUUCUCCAACCAAAUUUUCUUCCCAAUAACAUAUAUAAAAAACUUCAGACUAGACUAGUUCUCAAAUAACUAUUACUUGCAUGUUACAUUCAUACACCUUAAUCCAGUAUUCUAUCGUUAAUUCAUCUAGAAAAAUAAAAUUCAAGGCCCUUGUAUUAAAAUUCUACUAUUAAUUACAGAACAGACUUUGUUACAAUGUUUUAUAAUUCUGUGGUGGUUUUUCGGCCUUUAUUGAAUACUUUAUGACAUCAAUCCACCUACAAAAAUGAAACAAGGAAAAGAUUGAUGAUAAGAAAUAACAGAUAACAGACUCUGAUGUUGGUGCUGGAUCAAGGCUCCAUAGAAUCACCCAAGACAGUUGCAGAAAUGAGCCUUUUUCAUUUGCCAGCUCUUGAAAUACAUUUUUGAUAUAAUUGGUUCUCUAGGCUGCUUGUUUGUCAUAUUUUGUUUGAUGUUUCUUACCAGCAUCAUUAGAUGUUUUGUGCAAAUUAUCUACAUUCCUUUCUGAAAUUAUAUUGCCAUUAAAGACUAGGAUUUCAUUACAUGUUAAUUAUAUGUGUUAAUUAUUAUAUUAAUGAAACAAACAUAAAGUGCAAAAAAAUCAAAAUUUUGAAAAAGAA